AUGACCACUCCCAACUCUCCGGAGGCUGUGGCCGAUUCGGCCAACGGCUCCGCCACCGCGUAUGGCACGCGAUCGAGAGGUCGCAAUGCGCCGCGGCCUAAUUAUGCCGAGGACCGUGACCUAGAUGUGGACAUGGAUGCGUCUGCACCAAAAGCCAAACGCAACAGCCUGGCCCUCACCAAUAUUGUCAACGGCUCCAAUCCCGAUGAGAAGACCUCGCCGGCGCAACGCAAGAGUCUAACCAAUGGCAACGGUACAAAUGGAUCGGCAAAAGAUACCAUCCCGGGCACUUCAUCAUUCUCCGCCAGACCUGACGAUGUGAAUGGUUCUAACUUGCGCAAACGCAAACAACCCGCCAGCACCCCAAAUUCAAGCUCGGCCGCCAAGAAACUUUUCACCUCGCCCCCCGACUCGGAUGGGGAGUAUUUCACCAAUAUGAUGAGUUUCGAGAACUCCGGACCCUAUCUCAAGGAUGGUCAAUUAAUAGCUGAUGAUGGCACCGCUUUCGGUCUUAAUGACCAUGUCUAUUUAAUUUGUGAGCCACCAGGUGAACCAUAUUACUUAGCUCGAAUUAUGGAGUUCCUUCCAUCCAAAACAAAGCCAAACGGUUUCAUCGAGGCUUUGAGAGUCAACUGGUACUAUCGUCCACGAGACAUCCAGCGUCAUUCUCCCGACUCUCGCUUUGUUUUUGCAUCAAUGCACUCCGACACAUGUCCUCUAUCAUCCUUGAGGGGAAAGUGUGAGAUUCGCCAUGUCUCAGAAAUCGAUGACAUCAGUUCCUAUAAGAAGGCCCGCAACAGCUUCUGGUACGACAAGAUGUUUGAUCGAUACAUCCAUCGAAUGUAUGAUGUUAUCCCGACAAAAGAUAUUAUUAAUGUUCCCGGCAAUGUCAAGAAGGUUCUUGAUGAGCGGUGGAAAUUCAUUCUCGUUGAGAUCGGCAAAGGGAAGGAAUUGACAGGCGCCGUCAAGACGUGCAAGCGAUGCCGGUUAUACGCCGCAAACUCGGAAUCCGUCGACUGUGCAGUGUGCCACUCCACAUAUCACAUGCAUUGCGUACGGCCCGCAUUGACCAAGAAACCCGCUCGCGGAUUUGCGUGGGCCUGUGCCGCCUGCAGCCGCGCCCAGGAACGCAAGCUUGAGGCGCGCAAUACACCUUUGAUGGGCGCAAUUCGAGCGGACGGGGAGGAUGUGGUUAUGGAAGAGGAGGAGGAGGAGGACCACCACCAUGCGAACGGCACUGCGAAUGGCAACUCCGAUGGCACCCCUACAGCCGAGGAAGACCCUAUGCCCCAGCCUGCGACAGUGGAGCAGAUUGCACAGGCGAAGAUGUGGCCUUACCGCUACCUGGGUAUUCACUGCCGUGUCGAAGAUGCUCUCGACUACGACGAUCGGAUUUACCCUCGCGCAAGCUCACGUUUAGGAACACGACACCAGGCCAUGGUCGCAGCCUGGCCAGGUCGCGCAAUCGAAUAUGUGAAGCCUCUGGACUUGAAGAAGAAAGCCAAGGCUGCCGGUGCGAAGAAGGACGGCAAAUCUGCUGCCCAAGCUGCUCUGGAAGCCGCCAAGCAUGAGAGAGCCAACCGGCCGAAAUGGAUUCAAGAUGAGCCCACAGGCUAUAUCCACCGCGGAAUGGAUGAGCCGGUUACCAUUAACGAGAAGACUGGAAAGCAAGUGCGGACCGCUGAGCCCCUGUUCAAGAUGCCGACUUCGGAGCAGAUCCCCACCCGAGGUGAAGACAAUGCUCCAGGAUCACAUCUCAGCCUGGAGGAACGCGAGAAAUUUAUCGACGACUACAUGCGCCAAGCCAAGGAACUGGCGCCUGGUAUUGGUGUCGAGAAGCACAACACCAACUUCUUGGACAAGGCUCUUUCAAUUCUCUACGCCGAGAGUUUCAAUGUGCAGGCCGCUCUUGUCAAGCUGAAGAAGGCCAAUAAGUACAAGGACCUCAAGGAGCCUCAUCUUCGACCGGAGGAAUUGAAGCUUUUCGAACAGGGUGUCGCCAAGUAUGGAUCAGAAUGGCGCAACAUCAUGAAACACGUCAAGACCGUUCCUAUUUACCAGAUUGUUCGGUUUUACUACAUGUGGAAGAAGACCCCCCGCGGUCGGCAGAUUUGGGGUAGCUAUGAAGGAAGACGCGGCAAGAAGGAGGUCCGACGCCACAGUGUCACUUCAUCUAAACUGGUCGACGACGUAGCUGAUGAUCAUGACGAUUCUGCCUUUGACUCGGAGAAAGCCGUAGUUCAAAAGCGCGGAUUCCACUGCAAGUUCUGUUCCACUCGCAGCUCCCGACAAUGGCGUCGUGCGCCCUUGGUUCCCCCGGGUACAACCAUUCCCGCUGACCCUUCAAACAAGAAGGACAAGGGCCCUCUACUUACUGUUUCACUCUGUCUGCGUUGUGCUUUAUUGUGGCGAAAGUACGGUAUUCAAUAUGAGGACGUUGACGAGGUCGCAAAGAGAAUUGCAAACAGCGGCAACAAGUCAUGGCGACGCCGUAUCGACGAGGAACUGCUGGCUCAGCUGAUUGUCGCCACUGAAACUCCCUUCACCAUCAAUAACAUCACAGCAACCACCGCGAAUUCGAUGGGCAUUCCGCUCGACUCGAACCCUCGACUGCUUCAGGAAGGCAAGCUGGAUCUAACCAAGAAGAAGGCUCGCCCUGAUAAAGAAAGCACCGCGACCUCGACCAGAACGUCAGUCGAGCCCAUGCCGAAGAAGAAGACGGUUCCCGAAAAGCCGGUGGAAGCUCCACCGAUUGUCCCUGAUCCACCGAAAGCCAAGACGCUACCAUGUGCGAUCUGCAACCAAGUUGAGCCAUCCGGCGAGGAGCAUCUUUCAUGUCGCGAUUGUCGUCUUACUGUUCAUCGCAAUUGCUAUGGUGUGCGAGAUUCGCGCGCUAACAACAAAUGGCUGUGUGAUAUGUGUUCUAACGACCGCAGCCCAUCGAUCUCUACCAACUACGAAUGCGUUCUUUGCCCCGUAUCAUGGACUGAGCACGAACUCAUGGAGACGCCCAAGAACAACGCCCGGAAGAAGACCGAACGCGACAAGGAGAAGGAGCGCAUGGAGAAAGAGAUGGUCAACGAGGCUAUCAAGCUCUACCGUCAGCGACAGGAGGCCGUUGGGAAGCCCGUUGGCCCUCGGGAACCUCUAAAGCGCACUGCAGGAAACAACUGGGCGCAUGUGCUUUGCACUUUGUGGACCCCCGAGCUGAAAUAUGGCAAUGCGGAGGAACUCGAGCCAGCCGAAGGAUUCGGGACUAUUCCUAAGGACCGUUGGCGGGAGACAUGUAAGAUCUGCAAGUCCCGCAAGGGUGCAUGUGUCCCUUGUAGCUUUAGCGGCUGUAAUGGUCACUUCCAUGUUGGCUGUGCUUUCCAGGCAAAUUACCGAUUCGGCUUUGACGUCACUCCUGUCAAGCAUUCUCGUCGCGACAGCAUGCGAGCCAUCCGUCUAGGUGACGAAGUUGGCUCGGUAACGCCUGUUGUAUACUGCCCAAACCACAGCGUGUCAAGCACUCUGCAUGACCUCGGCGAGCAGACUAGCAAUGACCAGCUCAAUGCGCUGCAGCUUUUCGCUCAGACGUACAAGCAGGCCGAUCUUACUAUCACCGGCACCAUUCGCAAGGCGGACUACAUGCACCAGUCUGUUCCAGCACCGCAACACCAUGCUCAUGCUCAUGCUCAUGCUGUGAACCGACGAGCCUCGACAAGCACCGCGCCGGCCCCCAAGGAUGCUCCCAAGGAUACUAUCAAGGCUCAACCGGCUAGUGAGGAUGCGCCCGAGGAUCCAAUGGAAAUCGACACAGAUAAUCACGUUGCUCCACGACCAACUACUGAGGUUGAGACCAACCGAAAGUGUUUCCGCUGUUCAACCGGCUUUAGCCCCAAGUGGUGGACAAUCCCAAGACGCCCUGAGUACAGGCCGCCUAUGUCGAAUGGAACAGGACACCAUCAUCCACCGGCCUUUGCUGCCAACGGAGACCAUGGCGAACCGAUAUAUGAAUGCCACAAGUGUCAUUUGAAGAACCCGGCACCACCCCCUCCGCCUGCACCUGAGCCUUCGCCAGUGCCUCGCCCCUCGCCUUACUCCGAGCAACGUCAACCUAUGCCAUCACUUUCCCGUAUGCCUGGCCAUGCAUUCGUGCCGCACCCACAUCCACACCAACACCCACACCCUCCUCCCCCGAGCAGUGUGCUUGGGCGACCAAUGCCAGCUCAUCCGCACAAUGGCAUCCCCGUGUCAGGCUACACUGGACCGUACGAGCGACCCCCGCCUGACAAUGGCCUUCGCAACGGCAUGUCUUCGUCUCCUUACCCUGUAGCACCUCCACCUCCCCAUCACAUGAACAACUUCCCCCCGCCACCUCAUGCCGCAGGACCUCCACCACCACACUACGCUAGCGCUGGACCCGGUCCCCCACCGCCUCCUUAUGCAGCCCACCAGAGCCCAUAUGGUCCUGUUCCAGCACGCUCGCCGCAUCUCUCACAACCGCCUCCUCGUUCGUACGCGGCUUCUGCGUCUCCCCCAAUCGUGCAAGCAACAACGGUCAACCGCUCGCCGCAGACCUCGCUUAGCGCAUUGAACGGUGGCCCCCCACCUCGCAUGUACUCCGUCGACCGCGGCCUAGGGGCCCCAUCUCAUUCACCACCGGUGGCUCAAGCCCGUCUCGACCCCCGUGGUCCUACAUCUACCCCUCCCACCCGACCUGAGGAUACACCACCCUCUCUCAUGGCAGGACCACCCAGCGCCGGUAGACAUACCGGUGUGAACGGCACAAGCGCAGGAACCGGAGCCAGCGCCAGCCCCUCGCUGAAGAACCUCCUCUCAUAA